CCAACAUCCGCUUCUGACCGGGGUGCCGGGAACGGAGGUCCACUUCUUCGAUCGCAAUCCCUAUACGUACCCAAGCGUCGGUGAGUGGACGGGGAAUACUGGUGAUGCGAGAAGACAACAGCUGCCUGUGUCGGCGCUCGGAGAAGUGCUCCAGCUCUACUCCAAUGCUACCAUGAGAACAGAUAGAUUGGCGCACCUGAUGAACUUGAGGAGGCUGGAGUAACCGUUACUGUGAACUCGUCUCCAAUGUACGUCUUCUACCCGCUGGCGCCGUACCGCAUGAAGAUGGUGCAGCCCCACGCCAGGCUAGUGGUAAUUCUCAAAGAUCCCACGGCAAGAUACUUUUCGCACGCCCGGAUGACGAUGUGCGGAAAGAUCGACGAGUCCAAACCGAAAACAUCCGUGAACUAUCGGCUGAGAGCGUUUCAUGCUCCCGGGCGAGCAGCUGGAUACCUCAAUCGGGGCACAGACAAGGUCGAGAGGUAUGCACCACUCUGCCGCGGGGUGAACGCGGAGCCGGGCGAUCUUGCGAAAUGCUUCAUGGCGAUAAACGGGCAGAACCCGUUGUUGAGGGGACUGUACGCAGACCAGCUGGAGCGAUGGUUCGCGGUGUUUUCUCGAUCACAGAUACUCGUGAUCGACUCUUCGGAGCUGUAUCGUGACUUCCUCCCAACGCUGGAGAGGGCUGCGAGGCACUUGGGGCUGCCGCCACACGACUUCUACUACAACUCCGACUUCCAGCACAGCACCGGCGCUUGCAAGGAAAACCGCCCCCAGUUCUUCGGCGAGGAUGGGAGAUACAAGAAGAUGCUCGAGCAGGAGCAACUUUUCCGAGACUGGUAUAGACCUCACAACGAGCGCCUCUACUCCCUCAUCGGCAAAGAUUUUAAGUGGGACUAGGUCGGCUCCGUCGCGCGCAGCAUGAAACGCGGUGCGACGGUGGCCGGCGUGCACUAUAGAGUAGAAACACCGUCAACGGGCGUUGAGAGAUAUUCAACGAUUGGCGGUCAAAAGGGUUUACCUUCUGCGAGGAUGUUGGCCUCUCUCUGUCGCUCGCUGGAAGAGCCCGAUGAUGUCCUCAUGCAACCGAUAUUCG